AUGACUAUACAACAUAGUCAAAAACCAAAUGAUUUCUAUGGUGUUAUUAAUAAUGAUGAUAAUGAUGCUGAUGAUUCAACUCUUAGCAGUAAUAAUAAUUAUCAAAGAUAUUUGAGUGAACAAUCAUUCAAUCCAUAUCAACAUGAACUAAUCAAAUAUCCUAAUAGUAUUACAUAUAAACGUGGUCCAGCUCCCUUAGCAACAUCAUUUAGAAAUUCACCAUCAUUUUCAUUUAAUGGUGAUAUGCGUUCAAUUUCUAAUUUAAGACAUAUGAUGUCUGGUGCUAAUCCAUUAACAGCAUUUGGGUAA